AUUGGCCUGAUAUCAAUUUUCCCACAUAAUACUAUUGCUCCUCCUAGCGUGUCUCCGUCUUCUCGCGAGACUCACCCUGCGCUUCCACCGUCCUCUCGCGAGAACACACAACCAGCCGCGGAUCCAACAUGGCGGAAGAGGAGGUGCAGAAACUGCAGAAGCACCUGUCCCUGCUGCGGCAGGAGUAUGUCAAAAUGCAGCAGAAACUGGUGGAGACGGAGCGGAGGUGCUCCAUGCUGGCGGCGCAGGCCUCCGGUCACAGCUCCUCCUCCUCCUCCUCACAGCCCAGCGACUCCUUCAUCAGCCGCCUGCUGGCCAUCGUGGCUGAACUUUAUAAGCAAGACCAGUACAGUGACCUGAAAGUGAAAAUCGGACAGGAGCAGCUGAGUGCCCAUAAGUUUGUCCUGGCAGCACGCAGUGACGUCUGGAGCCUGGCCAACAUGGCCUCCACGUCCGAGCUUGACCUGUCGGAGGCCAAGCCAGAGGUUGCCAUGGCGAUGCUACGCUGGGCAUACACGGACGAGCUAGAGUUGUGUGAAGACGACACCUUCCUCAUCGACCUGAUGAAGCUCGCCAACCGCUUUCAACUUUACCUCCUGCGAGAGAGAUGUGAGAAAGGAGUAAUGUCGUCAGUAAACGUGAGGAACUGCAUCAGGUUUUACCAGACGGCCGAGGAGCUGGACGCUUCCACGCUGAUGAACUACUGCGGUGAAAUCAUCGCCAGCCAUUGGGAUGACCUGAGGAAAGAGGACUUCAGUACUAUGAGUGCACAGCUGCUCUAUAAGAUGAUCAAGUCCAAGACUGAGUUUCCUCUUCACAAAGCCAUAAAAGUGGAGAGAGAGGAUGUGGUCUUCCUGUAUCUUAUCGAGAUGGAUGCUCAGCUGCCAGGAAAGCUGAAUGAACUGGACAAUAACGGCGAUCUUGCUCUAGACUUGGCCUUGUCCAGAAAACUGGAGAGCAUUGCCACCACCUUGGUCAACAACAAAGCAGACGUGGACAUGGUGGAUCAGAGUGGCUGGAGCCUGCUGCACAAAGCUAUCCAGAGAGGAGAUGAAUUCGCUUCCACCUUCCUGAUCCGCCACUCAGCCCAAGUGAACGCAGCCACGGUGGGAGCAGUGGAGACUCCGCUCCACCUCGUCUGCUCCUUCAGCCCAAAGAAGCACAGUGCUGAGGUGAUGAGCGGCAUGGCCCGCAUUGCAGAGGCCUUGCUCAAAACCGGCGCCAACCCCAACAUGCAAAACAGCAGAGGACGAACCCCUUUACAUGAAGCAGUGCUGUCGGGAAACGAACCCGUGUUCAACCAGCUCCUGCAAUGCAAGCAGCUGGACAUGGACCUGAAAGACCAUGAAGGGAAUACUGCUCUGUGGCUGGCUCUGCAGUACAUUACAGUAUCAUCCGAUCCCUCCAUUAACCCAUUCGAUGACGAGGCUCCUGUUGUUAACGGCACCUCAUUUGAUGAGAACAGCUUUGCCGCUCGACUCAUACAAAGAGGAAGCGAUCCCAAUGCUCCAGACGCCUCAGGAAACUGCCUUAUGCAGAGAGCAGCCCUUGCAGCGAGUGAGGCAGCUGCCAUUUUCCUGGCCACCCAUGAAGCAAAGGUCAAUCAUACUAAUAAAUGGGGUGAAACUCCCCUGCACACAGCGUGUCGCUGCGGAUUAGCCGCUCUGACGGCUGAGCUUCUGCAGCAGGGGGCCAAUCCUAAUCUACAAACCCACACUGCCUUGCCUGAAGCAGGGGACCGGAGCCACGGCGUCUCGUUACAGAGCCCUCUGCACAUGGCCAUCGUUCACAACCACCCAGACGUGGUGUCUGUCAUACUAGAGCAGAAAGCCAAUGCUCUCCAUGCCACCAACAACCUACAGAUCAUCCCAGACUUCAGCCUUAAAGAUUCCUUGGACCAGACUGUACUCGGACUUGCUCUCUGGACAGGGAUGCACACCAUUGCCGCACAGCUCCUGGGAUCAGGGGCAGCCAUUAAUGACACCAUGUCAGAUGGCCAGACUCUUCUCCACAUGGCCAUCAAGAGACAGGACAGCAAAAGUGCCCUCUUCCUGCUAGAGCACCAAGCAGACAUCAACGUAAGGACACAGGAGGGGCAGACAGCCCUGCAGCUGGCCAUCAGUAACCAGCUCCCCUUGGUGGUGGACGCUAUCUGUACACGCGGAGCAGACAUGUCCGUGGUGAAUGAGAAGGGGGAUCCUCCGCUCUGGCUUGCCUUAGAGAAUGGCCUAGAGGAUAUUGCCUCAACAUUGGUCAGGCAUGGCUGUGACACAACGUGCUGGAGUUCAGGACCAGGAGGGUGCCAGCAAACGUUGCUGCACAGAGCCAUCGAUAAGAACAACGAGAUCUCCGCCUGCUUCCUUAUACGCAGUGGCUGUGAUGUGAAUAGUCCUCGGAGGCCUGGCCCUAACGGGGAGGGCGAUGAGGAGGCGCGGGAUGGUCAGAGCCCUCUGCACUUGGCCUCCUCUUGGGGCCUCGAAGAGGUGGUACAGUGCCUUCUGGAGUUCGGAGCAAAUGUUAACGCACAGGAUGCCGAGGGCCGGGCACCAAUCCAUGUGGCCAUCAGAAACCAGCACAGCGUGAUUAUUCAGCUUCUCAUCUCGCACCCUGACAUCCGACUGAACCUGAGAGACCGACAGGGCACAACGCCAUUUGCCUGUGCCAUGACUCACAAGAACAACAAAGCAGCAGAAGCCAUCCUCAAAAGAGAACCCGGAGCAGCCGAGCAGGUUGACAACAAGGGUCGUAACUUCCUUCACAUAGCUGUGCAGAACUCCGACAUCGAGAGUGUGCUCUUCCUGAUCAGCGUGCAGGCUAACGUUAACUCCAGAGUGCAGGACUCGGCCAAACUCACACCACUGCACCUCGCCGUGCAGGCCGGCUCGGAGAUCAUCGUGCGCAACCUGCUUCUAGCAGGUGCUAAAGUGAACGAGUUGACUAAACACCGGCAGACGGCUCUACAUUUGGCGGCGCAGCAAGAUCUGGCCACUAUUUGCUCGGUCCUGCUCGAAAACGGCGUCGAUUUUCCAGCGGUUGACGAGAACGGAAACAACGCUCUACACCUUGCUGUGAUGCAGGGUCGCCUGAAUAAUGUCCGAGUUCUUCUCACCGAGUCGAACAUCGACGCAGAGGCCUACAACGUCAGGGGCCAGUCUCCAAUGCAUGUUCUUGGACAAUACGGGAAGGAAAACGCAGCAGCAAUCUUUGAGCUGUUCUUGGAAUGUAUGUCAGAGUAUCCUCUGGAUAAACCAGACAGUGAAGGGAAUACAGUUCUUCUGUUGGCCUACAUGAAAGGAAACGCUAAUCUCUGUCGCGCCAUCGUGAGGGCUGGAGCUCGGCUGGGCGUCAACAACAAUCAGGGCAUAAACAUCUUCAACUAUCAAGUGGCCACUAAGCAGCUCCUCUUCCGCCUUCUAGAUAUGCUGUCCAAAGAGCCCCCAUGGUGCGACGGCUCCAACUGUUACGAAUGUGCUGCCAAGUUUGGAGUCACUACAAGAAAGCAUCACUGCCGUCACUGCGGCCGCCUGCUCUGCCACAAGUGCUCCGUCAAGGAGAUCCCCAUCAUCAAAUUCGACCUGAACAAGCCAGUGCGCGUGUGCGAUAUUUGCUUUGAUGUGCUAACUCUGGGCGGAGUCUCCUAACACACUAGCAGGGCGUGUGGUGUGGUGCCUACACUAAACCAGACUGCGGUGGAUAAAAAAAGGUGGAGACGGAGAGAAGGGAGGAAAAGGAAUGGACUAAAUGUACGGACCACAAUUUUUUACUACUAUUGCAGACGUUUCUGAACAAAAACAUGUGUAUGUAUGUUCUAGUACCAACAUCUAUUAAGGAUCAAAAUUAAAGUAGUGCAGGAGCUCUUAACUCUAAUCUUGAGGACCUCGUGUUCUGUGAAACACACGAUCCAGCUGCUCAGCUAAUGAUCUGAGGAAAAAUCCACCCUGAUCGACACAUCAUCUUCAGACCUAAGAAUCAAUACAGUAGAGUGAUGCAGCAGCGCUUUAGUCCUUUAGUCUGGCAUCCUUAUCUGUACAAACCUCCAUCGUUCAUGCUAAUACUGCCGUCAUGCUCGCGGAUCGCCGGGGUCUCUGGGGUAACUCGGCGCAAACGUGUCAUACAGCUGUACCGCAUCCUGAGGUGCAACGUAUGCUAUUUCUACACGAGUGAGAAAAGAAGCUCAUGCUAAAGAGUGUCGAGAUACCUCAGCAUAUGUUUAAGAUCGUUUUUUUUCUCCUCCUAUUAAAUGCUACUAUAUAUAGGCAAGCAGUGUCUCUCUGCCACAUCAGAGUGCUACACGUCUCACAGGAAGUAACAACCAACCAACAAAUUAGCACCAGAAUCUCUAAGCACGCUACAGAUAUUCCAUUCUAGACAUGUUUCAGGGUGGAGUUUUUCCUGUAAUGACAUGGGUCAGGUCUGUUGAGAAUAUGAAAGACUGGAGUUAAGAGCCUCUGAAGUAGCAGAACGCUAUCGAAAGUAGACCUAGUAGGUAUCGUAGGUGCCAGGCCUUAAGAAAGAAACCGCAAACGCCGUAGAACUUUAUUUACAACAUCAGUCAUUUCAGCGUUAAAAACACCACAUACGUAGGUUUGAAGAUUCUCAUUAGCGGGCGUCGAGUCAUGACGGACGACGGACGAAGAAUUUAUCCGAGAUCGGAUAAUUAAGCCGUUCCUCUUCAGAGGGGUUUAAAGCCUUAAUCACGUUGGCCUGAGUGAUGCUUUUUGUUUAAACAAGGAGCGUUUAUGAACCUUUACUAUUUUUCUUGCACCUAAGGUCCACGAAGGGGGAUCAUCACCCCGACGGCCUGAAAACAAACGAAACACAAGGUUAACUCCGCAUCAAGCACAUUUCAGUAAAUGAUAUGAUUUUGUUUUAUUAACCCUUGAUGUGCAUCAGUUUCAUUAAUCAGUGAGGAUAUUAAAUGCACUUUUUUAAUUCUUCCAUUAACAUUUUUUCCUUCAUGAAACAUUCACAGCCGAACAAAGUCUCGUUUUCUGUCCCGAACAAAAAAAAAAUCUGCUAUUACCAAGUAAACUUAGGUGCAGAAGUAUGAUGAGUUGUCUACUAUGCAUAUGCACAUUUAUCAUUUUAGCACUGUCCUAAUCAUUCUGAUCACCAAAGCAUUCCAUGUAACCUAUAGCAUAUUACUGAAUGACUUUUGCCUCAUGUCACGUUACAUUUGACCGUCUUAUGUUUUUUUUUUUUUUAAACUCUUUCAGCUGCACUUUAUCAUACUGGAAUUAUUAUUUUUUGGGUUUCCUGAUCGUACAAAAGGAGAAUGUGACGUCGGUGGUCGAAGAGUCCCCAGUCUAUUCUAGGUUCUGUUAACUUGUACAGCUAAUUGUAUACUAUUUUUGACCACUACAACUGUUUUUGUACUGAAACGCAGGUUGUGCUUUUUCUUUCUUUUUUUUUUCUUUCGCCUCUGUCCGAUCUCUUAUGCACACUGUUGUAUCUGUAUGCUCAGAUAUCUCGCCUGUCACUUCCUCUAGUAUCCGUUUUUCAAGAAAGGGAGGACAACUUUACAACAUUAAGGUCAUCAGACGAUUAAAAACAAACAAACAAAAAAAAUCAAUUCAA